UCUCUCUCUCUCUCUCUCUCUCUCGGGCCUGAGGAGAGUGAGAGCGGAGCUGCGCGAGCUUACAGUGAUUCUGCUCGAGCGCAUUCACUUUCUGCUGCUGCUCCACCAAAAUAUCACAUUUAUUUCCACACAAAGCGCCGCGAAAACUGAUCAGAUUCCACAAUCAGCAUCGGAAUAACAUUUCAAAGCGUUUUCCCACCUUUCUCCCCGAUUUCUGGACUGCGAGCCAUGGAUAGAUGGAAAAGUUUGGCUGUGUUUGGUGUCUGUGAGGGAGUUCAAUACGAGCGAUGAGUCCCGUGAAGAGAUUUCACACAUCUGACUGGAAAAACUCUCAUUUACUGCGCUCAUCUACACAAUUAACCACUUAUUAAACUCAGCCAGUGGAGAUAUGACUAUAGAAGUGGCCCGCUGUCCUGCUGGAGGUGUGAUGUUGAUCUGUGAUGCGGGUGUGUGUCCAGACGAGCAGAAUCAUUGAUGGCUGGAUGUAGGGGUCCGAUGGUGUGUUAAAGGCGCCAUGGGGAGCUGCUGUAGCUGUCCCGAUAAAGAAAUCAUCCCUGACAACCAUCACAACAAAUUCAAGGUGAUAAACGUGGAUGAUGAUGGUAAUGAGCUGGGCUCGGGUGUGAUGGAGUUAACAGAGGAAGAGCUGAUUCUGCACACGCGCAAACGAGAUGCCGUGAAGUGGCCCUACCUCUGCCUGCGUCGCUAUGGUUACGACUCCAACCUCUUCUCCUUCGAGAGCGGCCGGCGCUGCCAAACCGGUCAAGGGAUAUUUGCGUUCAAGUGUGCGCGGGCUGAGGAGAUCUUUAACAUGCUGCAGGACAUCAUGCAUAACAACAGCAUCAGUGUGGUGGAGGAGCCGGUGCUGGAGCCCGAGCUUCCAGUGACGCCUCACACUCCCACCACUCCUGGUUACUCCGUCCCGACGGUAGCCAACGGGAUCGGCCGCUACCCGUCAUUCGGCGACGCCUCCUCGCGGCCGUCCAGCCGUCACCCUUCAGUGGGCAGCACUCGGUUACCGUCAGUAGGGGAGGAGUCCACACACCCACUGCUGCUCAACGACGAGACGGUGCACACUUACGUCAACACGACGGGUCUACAAGAGGAGCGGCGCUCUCGCGGUGCUGGCCACGCCCCUCUAGAGCUCCGGACGUCCAAUCCAGAGAGCGCAGCCCCAGCGUCGCCCAAUGAGCUGGAGCCGCACGUGCUGCUGGAGCCGGAGGCCGUGAAGUUUGUUUUAGGCCCUACGCCUGUCCAGAGACAGAUGCUGCUCAAGGAGAGACACCAAGAGCUGGGCGAGCAAGACACGGGAGCAGUGGGCCCAAGUACUGACGCCGCUUCUCCCGCAAAAACUGUAAACGGCGGCACGGACUGUGACACGGGCUACGACAGCGACGAGCGCAAGGAGAUGCCGCACGAGACUCAUAACAGCGGAUCCGGAGCAAGACGCAACAGACCUCCCGUUCCGCUCCCGGACGCCCACAACGCUAACAACUCAGCCCCGCGGACCGCGCUUCUCAACUACGAGAACCUGCCGGCACUGCCGCCCGUUUGGGAGACCCGCAAACCCAACAGCGAGGCGGAGGACGAGGAGGAACUCAAAUCGCCGUCUCUGAACGGCUUCCACUCCCUCGAUCACAACUACGUGAACACGGAGAACGUCACCGUGCCGCUCAGCGCACACAAACUCCACAGCACUCAGCCCACCGUGUUUAACUUCGACCUCCGCAGGCUCUGCCAGCUCAACUACAUCGAGGUGGAGAUGGACAAAGUGUCAGACUCCAGCGGGCCGCACACCCCCAAAACGCCCACCACGCCCCUGCCGCCCACCCCCACGCGCCGGACGGAGCUGUACGCCGUCAUCGACAUCGAGCGCACCGCCGCCAUGUCCAGCCUGCAGAAAGCACAGCCGCGGGACGACGGCACAUCCAGGAAAACACGACACAACAGCACCGACCUGCCCAUGUGACCCGAGCAGCCAGAACGCAGGAGUUUAUCUCCCAAAACACGCCUAGGUCACAUUUCACUACUGAAUAUAAACACAUAAAAUAUUAUCUUCCAAACUAAACCUGUUUUAUACAUGCAAACUCAAUAAUUAUGAUUUUUCACCAGUCUCAACAAAGCUGCAUUUAUUUGAACAAAAAUUUAGGAAAAAUGUGAAAUAUUAUUAUAAUUUUAAAUGACCGUUUUCUAUGUGAAUAUGUUCAAAUGUAAUUUAUUUCUGUGAUGCGCAGCUGUAUUUUCAGCAUCAUUACUCCAGUCUUCAGUGUCACAUGAUCUUCAGAAAUCAUUCUAAUAUGCUGAUUUGCUGCUCCGUUAUUAGUAAUAGUUCAUAUUAUUAUCAAUGUUCGAAAAACCGUUUUUGCUGCUUAUAAUGUUUGUGGAAACCAUGAUACAAUUAUUUUUCACAAUUCUUUAAUGAAUAGAAAGUUGAAAAGAACAGUAUUUAUUUGAAAUAGAAGUCUUUUCUAACAUUACGAAAUUUUCAUCAAUUUAAUGCAUCAUUGCUAAAUAAAAGCAUUAUUAUUGUUAUUAUUAUUAUUAUUAUUAUUAUUACUCACUCCAAACUUUUGGAAUGGAAUUGUGUCAGUUUCCACAAAAAUAUUGGGCAGCACAACUGUUUUCAACAUUGCUAAUAAUCAGAAAUGUUUCUUGAGCAGCAAAUCAGCAUAUUAGAAUGAUUUCUGAAGAUCAUGUGACACUGAAGACUGCAGUAAUGAUGCUGAAAAUACAGAUUUGAUCACAACAGUAAAAUACUUUUUAACAUAUAAUCACAUGGUAAACAGUUAUUUCAAAUAGUAACAAUAUUUCACAAUAUUACUGUUUUUACUGUGUUUUUGAUCAAUUAAAUGCAGCCUUGAUGAGCAGAAGAGUUUUUUUCAAAAACAAUUUUAGUUUUUCAAACACUAAGAAGCUUCAGUUUUGUUAUGCAAAAUAUAUAUUCAUAAUUAUAAUUUUUUUGAUUUGGGGUGAAAUAUGACCUAGAAUGGACACGUUUUGUGAGAUAUAUAUAUAAGUAUAUGUACUAUAUUUUGUACUUUACAAGUGCACUGAUCUGCAUUCAUUCUCUCAGCACGUGCCAUCUGUGGCGGGAAACACAGGUCUGAAACGGUCGAGUCAAACAGGUACAGAUGAGGAAACACUACGAUGGUUUAGCAGACCUCAUUCACCAAUGCUGUGAUGUUUUACUCUCUAUUUCACAAAUAAGGAAGUGUUCGAGAUGCGUCUUUCUUGUGGUUACUGCGUCGAUGUAAGUCACUCAUUUUGCACUUGAGAGCAAUAAAAGAUGCUCACUACGGUAUUCUAGAAUCACAUGGUACACUGCCGUCACUUUAAACGCUCGCUCUCCCUCCACAGCCCUUCUGCUAGCGUGAUCCCAGAGGAGUGUUUUCAGCCGUACGCUCGCGUCUGUCGACCAAACUCCAGUGAGUCUCCGAGCAGCUCUUUUCUUUCGCACGCCUCUCAGUUGCUAAGAAACCCUGAUAUUUGAUGAGCGUUUGGUGCUACAGGUGGUUUAAAAGGGUCUUCAGGUGUAGAAAUUGUACAGUUAAUCAUAUUAAUGAUGCACUGUGUAUCUGUGACUAUAUCGGUAAUGGACAAUAUUAUCAGCCUGUACUGGAAGUGGAUAAAAUCAGGGAUUAUUUUCCCCCAAACUUAAACGGAUUUCCUAAAAUGAAAUUUAAUAAAUAAACAAAUAGCCUACACUGUUUAAAAAAAUAUUUUUCUAUAACAGGUUGCAAAUAUACUAAACUCUAGUGUUAUUAUACAUAGAAGAAAUCAAAUUUUACAUGAAAAGCAUAAUACUUAAAUUUGAGGUCAUUUAAAAAACACUGAAAAUAAAAAAUUGUGUAGAAAUAAAAGUUUCUUUAAAUAUAAAAUCUUACAACAAGCAUCUUUAUCAAGAAAAAAAAAUUCUUAAUCUUUUUUUAACAGACAAAAAACUACUGGUGUAUAAACUAAAUAUAAUAGUUUAUACAAAAAAUCUUGGCAUAGAAACAAAAUAGUUUUCACCCAGAAAUUUCAGAAUGUUUUCUUUCAGAAAUAUAAAUAAUACAUUUCAGAAAUAUUCUUUCUUUUACAACUUCAAAAAAUCUUUUCUUUUUUUUUACAGUGUAUAUUCAUAAUAUUGGCCAUAAUAAAAACAUCUGUCAGAUACACUGAAUCAGUGCAUCCCUGCUAAACACUAUUGCAUUGCUAACAUUACGAGAUGUGUGCGAGACGUUCAUCGCUGUAGGCCUGUUUUCUUUGAGUCAGUGUUGUAAAGGUGGAUAACAGAAACAUCCCGCGAGCUUCGGGUCCUCACGUGCUUUCAGAAGGAGCUGGAGGAUGUUUGCGGUGCUGCAAACGUGUGUCUUAGCGGCAAAUGUGAUUGUAUCGCUCGUCUGCACGCGCUCCAAUGUUCGGAAAACACAGAUCUGUUUACGGCGUGUGGAGCAGACGGACUGAUCUAGACAGCCGGUUUAUGUAAAGUUUCUAUUGUAAAGUUUAUCGUAUGCUCGAGUUGCAUUAUUAUCAUGUUAUUUUCUACCUUUUGAGAGAGUGUGCAAAUAUAGGAACGUUCACAUGUACAAAACAACACUUGGUAGGUUUAGAAACAAAUUAAAUAAGUGUAAAAAUCAAGGUCAUUUGCCAAAUCUGAGGAACUGAAUGAUUGUCGGGAUCUUUCAGGUGUGUGUGUGUGUGUGUGUGUGUGUGUGUGCGUGCGCACGGUUACAUUCCUAUGCGAGUAUUUCACAAUUAUGGACAUUGUACUGAAAGUAGUUUUGAUAUUUGCAUUUGAUAUAUUGGGUAUUGAUAUCAGUUUAGUAAAAUGUUUGUAUUUUAAAAAAAAAAAAGACAGAAUAUUGUGUAUUUUGUGAUAUGUACACCAUUACAUCCCCUGCCAUCGGUGCCAACUCUAUUUUUGUAGCAUGGCAAAAAAUCAUUAAAAAAUGAAA